UUUGAGCCUAAAUUUCAUAACUAUUGCUAUGGAGAAUAUAAAAGAAAUUAUACACAAAAAGCGCAGUGGUAACUCAGGCCUUUAUGUACUCUCUUGUUCGUUGAUUUUCUCUUGUUGCUUUUACUUGAUUAAUUAGGCCUUUAUGUUCGCUCGUACUGAGAACAAGUACAAACUAUCGGGAAAUGGAAGUAGGCCAAGAUCUUCGCAGAAGCCAAGAAUCCCUAGAGUCAGCGGUCGACGUAGAUUCACCACACACGCUUCGCGAGCCCCCCCAAGAUGGUGAUAAUGAUGGUCUCGGCGGUAGUGAAUCGAAACCCUCGCCGCAGAAGCGGGGGGCGAUCUUGAAUGUUCUGGGGGUGGUAGAGAGGGACACUCUGGCCAUCGCCGAGAGCUUCUCUUCUCUAUUCGAUUCACUCCGAUUAGCUCUCUCUGAGGUCCAUUGUCAUAUGAUUCUGCCUCACAGGACCUUGAUCUCCCAAUUGGUUUUCGUAAAGGUUACUAGCAGCUCGGUUGAUCAUAUGCAUUGCUUUGGUGAUGCUGUAGGGUGUCUUCAAGAAUCUGCACUUGAUGCAGCAACGAAGGGAAAUCGGUUUAUAAAUUCUUGCCUCAGAUUAAAUGAGGAAAUGAAGGGCAUUGAAAAUCUGGCCUCACAACUAAAAUUCCUAAGGAGUAAUGUUGAUGCUCUUGACACAGCUAUAACCAGACUUCUUCGUCCUCCAUGAUAUGCUGCUCACCUUUGAAAGCCUCAUUUUUAUCAAGGACAAUAUAUAAACCCAUGGUUGCUCCAGUUGUGGGUAAGAUAUGCAUAACACUUUGGGAAUCUUUUUAGUUUGCUGGUUUGUCUUAGCUAUCGAUGGGCAUGUACAUACUUUUUCUCUUCAAUUGUUGAAUUGGUUCUCUAGGAUCAGCUAUUGCCAAAAAAAUUACAUAAUCUCCUUCUAGGUCCCCAUCAUGUGAAACGAACUACUGAUUUGACCAAUAUGCAUAAAGCCUAAUAUGCUUAUUUGGAACAGAAGUUAAGAAGAAUCAGUUUCAUAGUUGCCUUCGAUGGUAACGCUAGUAGGUUUGGGUGGUUAUAUACAGCAGUCACGUUCAGUAUAAUUUAAUGCUCUCUAUACGUGUUCUGAGGAAAAGCCAACUAAUCUAAACCUUGCUUCUAAAUUGUAAUGGACAGAAAUUUUGAGGCAAAGCCAACCAUAGAAGGGGUAAAUGGAGAAAUUACUUUCAGUUGGGUAUCAAGUGAUGUGGUUAGCUGAUUACUCUUUGGUUUUUAGGUUUUGAAUACAUGUUUAUGUAAGAAUUUAUUGAUGAAAAUUUAGUAUGCAUCUUUUCUGUAUUUUGAUAAAGAAUCCGUUAGAGGUGUGAGAAGCGUUGUGUCAGCACGUAAACAGCAUGGGUCUAAACGUAGUUUGGCUGCAUGAGAUGCUUGUUAAAUGAACAAACAUGCUUUAUGUAUGCAUGCAAUCCGAAUCAUUCUUAUGUGAAGUAUCCUGAAAGCAUUCUUAUAUGAA